GAACAACUUCCCACCACUGCCCAAAUUCAUCCCACUGAAGCCAUGUUUCUACCAAGACUUUGAGGCAGACAUCCCUCCCCAGCACCUCAGCAUGACCAAGCGACUCUACUACCUCUGGAUGUAUUCCAAAUCCUGACAGCUUUAUGGAGCCCAGUUCUGGCAGGCUCCCAGAACUCGAAGCCACCAGACCCCACAUGGAACCAAGGGCCUCGUGUCCAGCCGCUGCGCCCUCGGUAGAGAGGCAGUUCCGUGUCCUUGUGGGUGUCACUGGGAGUGUGGCGGCCCUGAAGUUACCUCUCCUGGUGUCACAGCUUUUGGACAUUCCUGGCCUGGAAGUAGCAGUGGUCACAACUGAAAGAGCCAAACAUUUCUACAGCCCCCAGGACAUUCCCGUCACCCUCUACAGCGAUGCGGAUGAAUGGGAGAUGUGGAAGUGCCGGUCCGACCCAGUUCUCCACAUUGACCUUCGGAGGUGGGCAGACCUUAUGCUGGUGGCUCCUCUCGAUGCCAACACUCUGGGGAAGGUGGCCAGUGGCAUCUGUGACAACUUGCUUACCUGUGUCAUCCGGGCCUGGGACCGUGGAAAGCCCCUGCUCUUCUGCCCAGCAAUGAACACCGCCAUGUGGGAGCAUCCCCUUACCUCGCAGCAGGUGGGCCAGCUCCAGGCCUUUGGCUAUAUCGAGAUCCCCUGUGUGGCCAAGAAGCUGGUGUGUGGAGACCAAGGUUUGGGGGCCAUGGCUGAGGUGGACACCAUUGUGGACAAAGUGAAGGAAGUUCUCUCCCAGCAUGCUGGCUUUCAACAGGGUUGAACCCAGGAUCUCUCAUGUGUGUCCCUCUGUACCCAGUGUGUUUUCAGGCCAUGUCAGUGAAGGUGGACAUUGGCAAAGUAUGGCGGGAAUUCACCUUUGCUGAGUAGGGGUCUAGCCUGGGUCUGCUCCACAGUCACCAAGGGCCCGACCUGCCCCAAGGUAAAUUGGCCCAGGUCUCAACUUCUUUCAGCCAGAAGACUCCUUGCUAUCUGGAGUUCCUCCCCUCCUUUUCCUGGGAUGGUUCCAGCAAGCCAGAGGGGCAAGCUGCUGCAUUGUCCCUGUGCCUCUAGGAGGGGACUGAGGAGUGACUGGCCAACCUGAUUCCACAUUGUGCCCAGGAACCACUUUUAGAAAUGGUCUCAGCUGGAGAUUCCCAGGGUGGCGGGGCCCUGGCCAGGCCUUUGGAACUUCAGCUGCCCUGCAGGGUCAGGAAAGCCUACACGUUGGAAAGACCCUGAUCAUGCUGUAAGAUUGGGGGUACUGGGAAAUAAAGAAAAGUGACCUUUUGAGAGACUCCUUCCUUCUUUCACAGCCCAUCUGUGGUCUCAGAGAUCGGGGUGUUGCCAGGUGUGGGUGAGGAAGGAUCCGGUGCUUGUUAGGCCCCAUGGCACACAGUGGUUAAGGGCAAAGGGCUCUGAAGCAAGACAGCCCUGGUUUAAAUCCCAGCUCUACCACCUGCUAUCAGUGGGACCUUGGCUCAGGGCUCAGCCUUUCUGACCCUCACUUUCCUCAUCUAUAUCACUCUACCCUCCCAGAGUUAUUAAGAAAAUCAAAUGAGAUAAUUUGUGUAGAAUAACGACCCCACUGAGUGCCUCCUACAUAGUAAAUGUAAAAUAAAUGGAAGUUUAUUCCUAACAUUACUGAAAUAGACUGUUUCAUUUUGGGAAAAAUAAAAUCCCGACCCUAAGCAGAUGUAGCCCUUUAUGCAAGUGACAGGCACACAGCCAGCAGGGUUGGAACCUGCCCUGAAACUCAGUCCCCUUGCUUCCUGGUGUCCUCAGUUGUUCUUGUGUGUUUUUUCCUUAAUCCUCACUGAGAACAUGUUUACUGAUUUUAGAGGGGGGGGGGGGAGGAAGAAGAGAAAGGGAGAGAGAAAGAGAAGCAUUGAUGUGAGAGAAACAUCGAUUGGUUGCCUCUCGUACUCACCCCAACUGGGGACCAAACCCACAACCCAGGCAUGUGCCUUGACUGAGAAUUGAACCUACGACCUUUUGAUAUAUGGAAUGACAAUCCAACCAAUUGAGCCACACCAGCCAGGGCCUGUGUCCUCAAUUUUGCUGCACCUCAGAUGGGGGCCUGAGUGUGCCCCACCCACCCAGUGCCCAACAACACAAAUGGAUGAGGAAGCAGGCUCCAGACACAAUGCUCAGCCCUAGAAACUCUCUCCUGCCUUUGACCUAAUUGCUGUUUGGUUGCUGCACCGGGGAGGUGCUUGUUUUCCUAUUUGGAGCUGAGAUUAGGGCUGGCUUUCUGCUCUCUUGUCUUCCAGGCCAGGGGUGAAUGGGACCCCAUGCAUGCCCUCAGACCACUGAGAGUAGAGGUGCCUUCAAGGGGUACCAGGAAGCCUGGCUGGAACCAAGGCCUCCCAAAGCCUCCAGGAGCCUCUAUCUCUAUAGCACUUGACUUAAUCAAGUGACCCUUUGGGAUAAAACUGCCUCCGGGCACUGAAGAAAAUAUAACUAAAAUGGCAGCACCAAGAACCAGCCUAUUUGGCUGGUUUGGAGGUCGGGGUGUGGGGAGAGCUUGGGUGACUGAAAUUCAGAGACAGUCCCAAAAUUCCACUUAAAUGGUUUCCAGCGUCCCUCUUCCUGUCCACAUGGCCCUUCCUUUCCUUCAGCACCCUGCUAAUGAAUGGUGAGGCUUUCCAAUUUUAAUAGGAACUGCUACCAUUUACUGAGUGCUUAUUGUGGGCCAGGCUCUGUGCUGGACCCUUUUGGGAAGACUGUUGCCCAGGAGUCCUGCUAUAAAAUACUGUUUUAAUAAAAGAUCACAGGAGCAGAGAAGUUUGUAGGCUGGUGGUUCUCAACCUGUGGGUCGCGACCCCUUUGGCGGUCGAACGACCCUUUCACAGGGGUCGCCUAAGACCAUCCUGCAUAUCAGAUAUUUACAUGACGAUUCAUAACAGUAGCAACAUUACAGUUAUGAAGCAGCAACGAAAAUAAUUUUAUGGUUGGGUCACAACAUGAGGAACUGUAUUUAAAGGCCAGUAGGUUGAGAACCACUGCUCUAUAGGCUGCUAGGGCUGCUGCUGGUCAAGGAACGGAAGCCUCUGAGCCAGGUCCCAGUCUCUACACUGGGCUGUCAGUUCUUCCUCCAUACAGCUUAUGUGUCCCUCUGCCACUUCCCCACUGCCUUAGAGUAAGGCCCUGACUCCGGAGUAAGACAUACUUGGCCCCUGCCUACCUUUCUAACUCCACCCCUUACACCACACCAGUCCUGCAGACAGGACAACCUUGAUGGAGUCCUGCUGCUUCUUGCCUUUGCAAAUGCUGAUGCUUUUACUGGAAGGCUGUUCUUUACCUGGCUGACUCUUACUCAUGCCUCUGUGUGUCUGGGUGCCACCUACUUUGGAAAGCCUUCCCUGGCCAACUCAGACUGGUACCCAUUGUGCCACUUUCUCAUCCUAUAUAAUAAAACCCUAAUAUGCAAGUCAACCAAGUGGCAAAAUGACCGGUGACAUGCACUGACCAGUCGCUAUGACAUGCACUGACCACCAGGGUGCAGGCACUCAAUGCAGGAGCUGCCCCCUGGUGGUCAGUGUGCAGAAGCCAGGCUCCCGACUGGUGAGCAGCUACGGUGGCAGAAGCCACUCCUGCCUUCGCGGCAGUGCUGGGGACCCCUUGGGGGAUGUCUACCCCCAGCAGGCGGACAUCCACUGAGGGGUCCCGGACUGUGAGAGGCCGCAGGCUGGGCUGAUGGACCCCUGCCCCCAGUGCACAAAAGUCGUGCACCAGGCCUCUAGUUUAUUAUAACAGAAUUGCAAUAGUGAGUUUACUUUGUGUCUCCCUAAAUUGGGGAUUGACUAGAGGGGAGGAGUUGUCCUCUUCCUCACAAAACCUGGUAGGUCAUUCCAAGCCUCUUGUACUGACAAAAUUAAAAAAGGUGUGUGUGGAGUAGAGGGGUGGGGGGAAGGUCCUGCUCCUUUCUGAGCAAGACACACAUAACCUAGGAGCCAUAAAAUCAAAGACUGAUAAAUUUGACUACAGAAAGAUAAUUCUGCCUAGCAAUAGCCCAAAGGCAAAGUCAAAAGACAAACAACAAAUGGGAAAUUAUCUGUAGCUCACAGAACAGAGAUCUAAUUCCCCUAAUACAUAAAGAGCUCCUGUACAUUGAUUAGAAAAGGACCAGGAACACACAAGAAAAGUGAGCAGGUGAUAAAAACAGAGUACACACAGACACACACACACACACACACACACACACACACACACACACACACACCUUUAAACAUUAAAAGCUACUUAACUGCAUUGAUGAAGAAAGUGGUGCAAAUCAAACUCUACUGAAAUAAAAGUUUUCACCUACUAGAUAGUGAAAGUGUUGCUCUUUGGAGAGCAAUCUAAAAAUAUCUUUCAAAAUCACAUAUAUACCUUACCCAGCAAUUCUAAGGCUUUGUCCCAUAGAGACACUCACAUAUAUGACAUUAUGUCUCAACCAGGCUGUUCACUACAGCAUUGUUGAUGGUAGUAAAAGGCUGGAAACACCCUCACCAUAAAACAGCUGGAGAUUGCUUAAAUAAAUUAGGGUCAUUCCUACAGUGCAGUGGUUCUCAACCUUGGCUGCACAUUAGAAUCACCUGGGAAUCUUUUUAAAAUCCUGAUUUCUGGGCCUCAUCCUCCGGAAAUUCUGUUUCUUUGUUAUGGGGUGGGGUCACAACAUUAGUAACAAAGAAACAGAAUUUCCGGAGGAUGAGGCCCAGAAAUUAGGAUUUUAAAAAGAUUCCCAGGUGAUUCUAAUGUGCAGCCAAGGUUGAGAACCAUUGCUGCAGUGGAACUCUACAAGGCAAAGUGUGGGGAAGCUACCCAGGUGCUAGUAUUGGACAAUGUCUGAGAUAUAUUGCUUAAAAGAAAAUGCUAGAUACAGAACAAUGUAUUGCAUGCUAGCUGUGUGUAAAAAAGUGAGGGAGAAAAGGAGAAUAUGUUCACCUUGGCUUAUGUAUACAUCAAAUACCUAUUGAAAAAUAAACAAGAAAUGAGCCAUUGUUUGCCAUUCAGCAAGGAAAUUGGGUGGUUGAAAAACAGGUCAGAGGCUUACUUCAAGUUUUGAGCCAGCUGAAUAAAUUAUCUACCACAAAAGCACUUAAAUACAUGCAUUCAAUAAAGUAUUCCUGCCCAUUUGGCUCAGUGGAUAGAGCAUCAGCCCACAGACUGAAGGGUCCUGGAUUCAAUUCCGGUGAAGAACAUAUACCUUGGAUAUAGGCUCGAUCCCCAGCUGUGGUCAGGAGCCCGUGGGAGGCAACCAAUCAAUGUGUCUCUCUCACAUCAAUGUUUCCUCUCUCUUUCCCUCUCUCUCUCUCUCUCUCUCUCUCUCUCUCUCUCUCU